AAUGCUCUUACGCGUGAUUUGGUGUCAGUGCAGUUCUCAUGCGCUCAGGAGUUAGAGACGCAGCACCAGACGAAAAACAGCCGAAUUUACAUCCGAAGACCAGCACCGCUCUUCAAUUAUUGUCUUGAGUGCUAAUGAGGUUUUUAACGCAGCAUCAAAACUUGGUAAUGAAAUAGUGCCGUUUCGUGACACUGAUUUUGCGCAACUGUUUCCCUCGAUCUGGUGCCAGAUAUGCUGGGGAAUAAAAUAUGAUUCUCGACGUUCUCUGUUCCUGUGAAAUGAUUUGGAUUGCGUCUUGCAUUUUUGGAGGAAUUCAGCAUUGAACGCAGUACGACGUUUUCUGGACAACUUUGGUGCCAGUGGACACGGGCAGUCGCGAAAGUCUUUUACUGCCUCGAGAUUGUUGGCUCUAAGCAGGAUGGACCUCAUCGGGCUCUACUUGUUCCAGCUGGCAAUUUUUGGGGUGCUGCGGCUGGUGUCCGGGGGCCGGUGGGACUGUCUGACUGCGGGGGACUCGUGCUCCAGCGAUGAGGCGUGUAGUCCGCGCUUGAGAACACUGAGGCAGUGUGUCGCAGGCGGUGGAAGCGUGAAGCUGGGUCCGGGGGCGCGCAACCACUGCGAGAACGCCGUGACGGCCCUGCUGUCUAGUCCUCUGCACAAAUGCCAGUGCAAACGGGGCAUGAAGAGAGAGAAGAACUGUCUCAGCAUCUACUGGAGCCUUAAGCAGUCCGUGCUGCACGGGCUGAGCUUGGUGGAGAAUUACCCAUAUGAGCCUGUCGAGCGGGGCUUUGAUUAUGUUCGCCUGGCCUCCAUCGCUGCAGAGUCUGAAGUGGGCAUGACAACAGUGAACCGUUGUUUGGACGCUGCUAAGGCCUGUAAUGUGGAUGAGACAUGUCAGAAACUACGCACAGAGUACGUGUCGGCGUGCAUUGCCCCAUCGGCGCGAGUCGGGCCCUGCAACCGAGCGCGCUGCAGCAAAGCACUCAGAAAGUUCUUCGACCGUGUGCCGCCAGACUACACACACGAGCUGCUCUUCUGUCCAUGCUCUGACACAGCUUGUGCAGAGCGACGGCGCCAGACCAUUGUGCCUGUGUGCUCAUAUGAAGAAAGGGAAAAACCCAAUUGCCUGGCACAACUUAGAGUUUGUGAGGCCGACUAUGUGUGCAAGUCUCGCUUGACUCAGUUCGAGCAUGACUGCCAACCCUCCGAGCUUACUGCCAGCGGCUGCCAGCAAGAAAAUUACGGAGCCUGCCUUGUUGCAUACACCGGCCUGAUAGGUAGCAUUAUCACUCCGAACUACCUAGAUAACGCUACAUCAAAUGUGGGACCGUGGUGCUCUUGUGUGGCUAACGGGAAUUUCCGAGAUCAGUGCAACCACUUCCUCAGCCAUUUCCAUGACAACAAUUGCUUGAAGAAUGCCAUCCUGGCUUUCGGGAACGACACAGACCUGAAAUCUGCGACUAACCAAGCUCCGGGCUCCAACACAAACAUUUACAACCAGAUCUUAGUUACCAGCACAGAGACCACCACUACCACCAUUGGUUCUGGGAUGGAGACUGAGCAGAACAUCCUUCGUCCACAGAUGCCCACACAGAUGAACGAGAGAGACAGACUGUGGGGUGACUCCACGCUUCCGUCCCCUGAUCUCUAUGACACCGGUCCUGCAGUGCCCCACCCGGCCAUGGUAAUGUGGCUCCUCCCCUUCCUGCUAUUGGCUCUCUAACUUUAAAAUCAGCUGAUCAAUCAAAGCACCACAGAACUGGGACAGCGUGUGUGUAUUCAUGAGUUUCGACUUCCGCAUCACAAUAACUUGUUCGACGAGGACGCAAAAACUACCAAACUCUCUAAAUAUAUGAAACCCUGCUCCAUUCCUUAAUGCCACAUAGUGAUUCAUUGUCUGGGUGUUCACAAUGACUGAUUUCAAGGGUUUAAAUAAUUGUGUGUCUCUUUCUCUCUUAAUUUGAACUGAAUAUGGUGCUGUAUAAGAUAAAACCCUCUCUUCAAAGCGACCGACUACCUUUCAGUCGACAGGCUGAGUCAUGCCAAAAAAAAAAAGAAACCUAACAUUAUUUCCUACCUGUUCAUCAUCCAUAAUUUAAUAUCUAUUUUCCCCCUGCUCUCUCAAAUGUACGGUAUUGGUACGUGUGCUGUAUAUUCACCUGGAUAGAAGUGUGUUUUGUGAUGUUUGCUUGAAGAAGCACAAGAACAAGCAGUAAGAGAAAGGAAACUGAUGUAAUGCAACUAAAAGUGUCUGCGAUGAGAGCUCUUUCAGUAGGUUACAAAGACGGUCAUUAUUUUUGUAAUGUGCCUGUAUUGUUUAGACGUAGGCUGUUUAUCCCAGCAGUCUUGGAAUGCACAGUUUGCUAAGAAAAUGGCACCGAUAUG